AUGCUGUUUUUGCGAAUUUCAUUGCUAGCAGUUCUCUUCGGAGGUGGUGACAGUGAAGAUGCCUUCCAGGACCAAAUCUUCAAAAUCAUCGGUACUUUAUCGUUACAUAACCACUCCUGGACCCAAAGUUGGGGCUCUGGUUGGUUGGGUGAGUUGCAGAUUAAGACCUGGAAGGACAACUCUGGUGGUUUUAUUUCCCUGCGGCCUUGGUCCAAUGGCAACUUCAGCAAGAAGGAGAUGACAGAAAUAGAAGAAUUAAUCCAAGGGGCCCACAAUGAAUUGCUGCAUGUACUUCAAAACCAUGCCCGUGAAUGGAUGAUUGAAUAUCCCUUUGAGGUACAAUGUACAAUAGGCUGUGAGCUGCACUCUGGGAAAGUCAAGCUACACUUCUGGCAACUUGCUUAUCAAGGAUCAGAGAUUCUGAGCUUCCAGAACAGUUCAUGGGUGCCAUCUCUACAGGGUGGAACUAGAGCUCAGAAGAUGUGCAAAGUAUUCAACAAGCUCAUUGUCUUCAACAAAGGAACGCAGUGGAGGAUCAGUAACACUUGUCCACGCUUCCUUUUGGGUCUCCUUGAUGCAGGGAAGGCAGAUCUCCAGAGAAAAGUAAAACCAGAGGCCUGGCUGUCCACUGGCCCCAGUCCUGGUCCUCACCAUCUGUUGCUGGUUUGUCAUGUCUCUGGCUUCUACCCAAAGCCAAUUUCCAUUACGUGGAUGCGAGGUGGACAGCCACAACAGGCCUCUCAACAAAGUGAUAUCUUGCCCAAUGCUGAUGGGACAUGGUAUCUUCGCAGUUACCUGGACGUGGAAGCCACCAAGACAUCUGGCCUGUCUUGCCGGGUGACACACAGCAGUCUAGAAGGCCAGGACAUCAUCCUCUACUUGGACCGUCCUAAGUCCAAGGGCUUGAUCAUCUUGGCAGUGAUGGUCCCCCUGGUGCUUCUUCUGACAGGUCUUGCAUUUUGGCUUAAAAAGCGCUGGACACACUGUGAACCUGCUCCCACUCUUCUUCCUUUGGAGAGAUCCCAGCAGCCCAGGGACUCAAAAUAUACUUAA